AUGUCGCGUCCUCAAGUUGUCAGAAUGGCUACUACAUCUCAUUGUAUACCACAAGAGCCACAGCCUGAAUCACCCCGCUCCCAGGUUUCUCAGGUUCCGGCUCUCACCUACUCAUCCUCUUCUUCUUCCGACCUCGAACCCGAAGAAAUUGAACCACGCCGUCGUCGGGCUUCGACUGUACUUAUCUCACAAAAUGCUACCGAUAUGCGAAGAAUUAUCGGAAAUGCGGGCACAAAAUUGGUGGAAAAAUGCUGUGGUGGAGGUUGCUGUAUGGCCAUUACCAAGACUGAUGGCCUUACAUACGAAAGACCAAGAUUACCAGACAACGAUGCUUACAGGAGUUUGGCAUUGAAGAUCGAAACCAUUCCUACACGAUUGACAAGUCUGCCAGAUUUGCCAAAGAAAAACAUGGAGAUUCUCCCUUUGGACAAGGAGAAGGCCUUGGAUAUUGUCAAGGGCAUGGAAUCUUUGGAUAUUCAUGAGAACCGAGGAGCGAUUACCGUCGAGCCUCCUAUGGACGUCGCAGAUGCGGCAGACAUUCAAAAGGCUAUCUCCCACAAGGAUUCGGGAAUUAGUAUGGAAAAUGAUUCAAUUGACUUCACACCACAUCAUGCCAAGUUAGACGUCGACACCAAAGUUCAACCACCUUCAUUCGUUCAGCCACACCCACCUUACGAAGUCUAUUCGGCGAGAAUUUUCAAUGCCAGAGAAUUGACCAAGCCUGGUGCUGAAAAGAGAACAUAUCAUUUCGAUUUGGAUGUUACCGAUUAUCCUGAAGAAGGUGGCGUUGAUUUCAAGGUUGGUGGUGCAAUUGGUGUUAUGGCACCAAAUGAAGAAUCGAUGGUGGAAGAAAUGAUGGAUUUGUUAUCUAUUCCAAGACAUCUUCGUGACCGAAAGAUUCUACUGAAGACCCAUUCAGGAAGAUGGCCUACGAUUUGGGGAGACGAUAAGCCAAGAGAAUUAAUCACAACCAGACGCGAUUUAUUGACUUGGUGUUCUGAUAUUCAAUCAUAUCCUCCAAACAAGAAGAUUUUACGAAUCCUUGCCGAGUAUGCUACCGACCCAGAAGAGAAGAAGAUUUUGUUAUAUUUGUGUUCUGGAGAAGGACAAGGUGCAUUCUGCGAUUUCAGAACUGGUCCACACAUCACCAUCCCUCAACUUCUUCACGCGUUCCCUUCCAGUAAACCACCUCUCGAUCAUCUUCUCUCAGAACUCGAAACAUUAAGACCUCGAUUCUAUUCAAUGUCCAAUGAUCCUCAAGAGAAUUGUGUGCCAGUUGAAGGAUGUAGCCGACUCAUCGAAAUUGCAGUCACUGUCCACGAAACCAAUCAUUGGAAGGAUGGAAAUCGAAUCGGUCUGGGAUCAGGAUUCUUUGAGCGACAAGCAAGAAAAUUCAUCGACGCUGAAAAGAGAGGAGAAAAGGUCAAUGUCCGAAUCCCAAUGUUCAAAGGAUUAAUGGCAAAUCCUUUGGCGAGAGAAUUUGUUUCCGAUGGACCUAUGCUUUUGAUUGGAGCAGGUGUCGGAGUUGCACCCUUCCGAGGAUUUGUUCAACGUCGUCUCAAGAAUGCUAACUGCGCCAACAAAGUUUGGGUUCUUCAAGGAGUCAGAGAUUCUCUGCUGGAUGAAUUGUAUUCUGGUGAAUGGGGUGUUCAUGAAUCAGAAGUCAAGAAAGUUGUUCAGAGUCGAAGACCAGGUAGUAAGCAAAAGGGCAAAUAUGUUCAAGAUGAAGUUAGACACCAAGGAGAUCUGGUCUGGUUUAUCAUCAAUGCUCUGGAUGGUCGAGUUUUUGUUUGUGGAAGCAGUAAAGGAAUGGGUGAAGGUGUUGAAGAAGCUCUUGUAGAUGUUGCCAUGGAAAAGGGCAACUUGGAUAGGGAAGAAGCAAAGAAUUUCUGGAAGUUGAAGAAUGAAGCCGGGCAAUAUAUCGCCGAGACUUGGUGA